GUGUGUACAGACGUGUUCAGCAGACGUCCACUCACAGUGUGUGACCACACAUCCACCGCGACCUGCUGACACGGGGGGAUUCCCACGUCAGGAUGCCUCAUAAGAGCAAAAAAGAAAAGGAAUCCUCCAAAUCUGGAAGAUCUAAAAAAUCUGGAAGUAAAAAUGGCCCUGCAGGUGAUCAAGAUGGCUCCAAUAAGAAAGUGCCUCCUGCGACACAGCUGAUGAGGGUAAAGCAGCCGGGGUCACACUCGGCCAUGAAGAGGGAGAAGAGGUUCAGCACUUCCUCUUUUCCUCUCAGCGCUAACAGAGAGCUACAGAAACUACCUGCACUAGCUGAUGUGGCCCCAGCGGAGCAGGAGAAGCUCUUCAUCCAGAAGCUACGACAGUGCUGUGUUCUUUUUGACUUCCUGUCCGACCCGCUGAGCGACCUGAAAUGGAAGGAAGUGAAGCGGGCGGCGCUGAGCGAAAUGGUGGAGUACAUCACCCACAACAGGAAUGUCAUCACAGAGCCCAUCUACCCGGAGGUGGUGCACAUGUUUGCAGUGAAUAUGUUCAGAACAUUGCCUCCGUCGUCCAACCCUACCGGAGCAGAGUUUGACCCAGAGGAGGAUGAGCCCACACUUGAGGCUGCGUGGCCACACCUUCAGCUCGUCUAUGAAUUUUUCCUUAGGUUUUUAGAAUCACCUGACUUUCAGCCGAACAUAGCAAAGAAAUACAUUGACCAGAAAUUUGUUAUGCAGCUGCUAGAACUAUUUGACAGCGAAGAUCCCAGAGAGAGAGACUUCCUUAAAACCACCCUCCACAGGAUCUAUGGAAAGUUUCUGGGACUGAGAGCGUACAUAAGAAAACAGAUCAAUAACAUUUUCUAUAGGUUUAUCUAUGAGACAGAGCACCAUAACGGUAUAGCAGAACUACUGGAAAUACUUGGAAGCAUAAUCAACGGAUUUGCCUUACCACUAAAAGAAGAGCACAAGAUUUUUCUGUUGAAGGUUUUAUUGCCUCUGCACAAAGUCAAAUCACUCAGUGUCUACCAUCCGCAGCUGGCCUACUGUGUUGUGCAGUUUCUGGAAAAGGACAGCACUCUAACUGAGCCGGUGGUAAUGGCUCUACUAAAGUAUUGGCCAAAGACUCACAGUCCCAAGGAAGUGAUGUUCCUCAACGAACUGGAGGAAAUCCUGGACGUCAUCGAGCCAUCCGAGUUUGUGAAGGUGCAAGAGCCGCUCUUCAGACAGCUGGCCAAGUGUGUGUCCAGCCCACAUUUUCAGGUGGCAGAGCGAGCUUUAUACUACUGGAACAACGAGUACAUCAUGAGUCUGAUCAGCGACAACGCAGCGAAGAUUCUGCCCAUAAUGUUCCCAGCUCUGUAUCGCAACUCAAAGACCCACUGGAACAAGACGAUCCAUGGCCUCAUCUACAAUGCUCUCAAGCUCUUCAUGGAGAUGAAUCAGAAGCUCUUUGAUGAUUGCACACAGCAGUUCAGGGCUGAGAAAAACAAAGAAAAGGCAAAGUCAAAAGAACGUGAGGAGGCGUGGAUUAAGAUCGAAAACCUUGCCAAAUCAAAUCCACAGUUCUCUAUGUAUGUUGAUUCCUCUGACCUCAAUAGUCCUGUAGCAAUGGAGACGGAUGUUCCUUUGAUAGAAGAUGUUCAGAGGUUAAAAAAGACAGUUGAGGAGGGCGCGACUCAGUUGCAGCAUGACCAGCGGAAAGAGCGGCCUAUGGUGCGACGUAAAUCUGAGUUGCCUCAGGAUAUCUACACCACAAAAGCCUUGGAGUCCCACCGCAGAGCUGAAGACAUGUUGACCACCCAUGACGGACUCUAGGUCCCGCUACCUUCCGGCUCUUGGUUCAACUGCCCCUCCUACACUCGACAGCCAUGAACUCUGUGCAUCUACAUCCUUCUGGCCCCAUCACGGGCUCUUCCCACCUUCCUUAGUUCUUUUCAUUCCUGCUGCCCAAACCCCAUUAGCGCAGCACAUUGGGUCGGUGCAUCCAGUGCUAAAAUAAAGCCUGGAUCCACCUCCCUCAGAUUUCUGCUUUCUCAGGUUUUUUUCUUUAUUUGAAGAGGAGUGAGGGUGUGUUUGUCUUGGUUUUUUUUUCCUGUUUUUUUUUUUUUUUGUCCCGCACCACAUUCACUGUGUUGACCCCUUAUUUGCUCCAUCCUUCCUUCUCUUUGUUGUGCGCUCACUGUAAACACGGAACCUCGGAGGAUGGACACCACGACACUGGUUCCUUCAUUCCUUCUUGCAAACAUCGGAUUGGACUAGGAAACAUAGGAACUGACUGACUCACUGUCUAAAGAUCCUCUCUUGGUCUUUGCUUGGUUUUUCUUUUCUGUCAAAGGGAACAAAAAACAGAGCCUGUUGGUCAAAGGAAAGACUUCCCUGUCAGCCGUUGUCUUGUUUUCUACUUAUUUUUGCUCGAUCUAACAGACAUCUUGUCAGUGCCAAGACGUUGUGUUCUUUUUGUUUCAUAGGUAUGUUCUUAUCUGUGACUUUAACGGGGACACUUGCCUUUGUUGUUGGUCACCGGUGUUUGAAAGUUGUUUUUUUGUUUUGUUUUGUUUUUUUUCUGUUUUUAUUUAGCACAUUCAAGACCAAACCGAGGCCUGUCCUUAGCCUUGCAUUGUCUAGGAAGAUGGCGAGGAAAGGUGAAGUUGUCCUGUGGACAUCUGACACUUUUCCAUUUUAUUGUUUUGUGCCAUAUGCCGCUCUUUUAUAUGCUUGCUUCCUUACGUUCAUCGGCAAUAUUUGAAAAUCAGACCAUAGCGAUACCUAGAUGGUUCAAACAAUGGUACUUAAAUGUGUUUGAGUUAAGUAGAUUACAUAGGCUGGAUGAAAAAUGUAUGCAUUUGCUAUAUAGACGCAUAUUGCAGCUGUGUUAUCAUGGUGGAAGUAGCAAGGUAACGCCGCACAAACUAGCUGUAAAAGUGGGAAGGGUCGAACACACCUUUUGAAAUGUUCAACUUGAGUGGGUUUUUAUACACUGUGUAAUGAAAGGGGAUGAGUACCUUUGUAAAGGAAACAUAAUUGGAGAUUUAUGUCUUCAUUAUUAAAUGGAAGAGGAGACAUAAUGUUUUUUCACCAGUUAAAAUGUCAACAUCUAAAAUGUGUACUGGCUGUCAGUUUGAAGCAGCCGUUGCUAAGAAAGAACCUCUGCACAUUAUGUUUUAAGCAUAAAAUUAUUGGUUUUAAAUAGGGGUGCACUUAUCUAUCUGUUUAAAAUGUAUUUUUUGGCUGCCACCAUUAUUUGGAACUAACAUGGGAUUCAGUAAUACUGUGCAGUGGCCAUGAUUUAUCUGUUGUAUGAGCGCUGCCCCUGAUUUAACCACAGCUGAUUCAACCACAGCUGAUUUUACCCACAGCACUUGAAAGCACCACAACUCCAUAUGGUAGAGCCAAGUUCAAGAUGCUACCGAGUCAUUGUUAAAGUGUCUUACCUGAAUUACCAGUGGCCUUGUUAUGUGCUAUUGGUUAUCGUCUCUGCUGGUAAGUGAAUACACUAAAUUACAGCUAAUUUCAUUCAAGUUUUUGAUGUAAACUGAGUUAACGCGUGCUAGCAUGCUAAUACUUAGCGCGCUAGCUGGUAGCAUGCUAGCAGUUAGCAUCAACAAAAUGGGUCAAUUAGUAAUAAUCAUCAUCAGCGUUGACUUUUAGGCAGUUAUUUUCACCAUGUGUAUCUCCGAAGAAUUACAAGAUGACUACAUCCCUGUUGUGGUUUUAUCCAUAAUGUAUUAAUGAUAACCACAGGGGCAUGAGGUGCUAGUAGCUAUUCAAAUACUGUCAUCAGGUGUUAGCUCCUACUCUUUGGUUUUUGGCAUGUUUGUGUUGCCACCUUGCCUAUUUCCUAUCUCGAUUGCAGGUUAAAGUACCAUUGUUUAAACUAUGGUGGUCUGCUAGAUUUCUUCAUAUUUGAUGUGUUGUAUUUAUUUGUCUUGUCCCUGGAGGUUAGUAGUGUGGAUGUCAGGUUUUGGAUUUUUUUUUUUUUUUUUCCUGGCCAUUCAGAGUACCCUAUACUGAAACAGACUGGUAUCAAAAAUGGCCACAAAAUGCCAGAUGCUGAAAACAAACUGACAUUGUGACUUGGCUUGUUAACUGUAUUAAUACUGUAUUUGCUUGAAUGCAAAAAGAUGUAAAUUAAAAGUACCAUGUUAAACAUGUACCUUUUACCCUGGAGGAAUGCCAUUCACCAAACUGAUUUAUUUCUGUUGUAGAGUUCAUUGCAUUUAUAAAAAAAAAAAACCAGUCCUGCUUGCUGGGAGAUAUGUUUUAUGGAUUUUAUGAAUUUGAGUAAGAGCUGUGUGAGGUUUAUUUUAGUGCUGAAAAUAAGUCAUCCAUGUUAACAAGAGAUGAUUUAAAAAUGAUUUGGUGGCUUGUGCUCAUUCUGCAGGCUCUCCUCUGCAGAUCUUUUAAUUUUAACAUAUUAUUUCCAAAACAUGAUAACUUAAAGUGUCCUUUUGUAUGUGACCUGUACUAUAUGAUUCAUUUAAUAUUGUAUAUAUGAUUUACCUUGUUUCAUGUAGUGUUAUAUAUCUAGAUUAAUUUUGUACAAAUUGUCCCUCUGUACAGAAUAAAACAUCAAUAGCAAGUGAAAGAAGUCAA